CUUGCCACUUUUCAUAACCAUUCACGCUUCCUUUAUUCUCCUUCUUCUCAAAACUUCAUUCUCACAAAAAUCUUCAACUUUAAGCCAUGAAGAUCCAAUGUGACGUCUGUGACAAACACCAUGCAUCCGUCUUUUGUACCGCCGAUGAAGCCGUCCUCUGCGACGGCUGCGACCACUGCAUCCACCACGCCAACAAACUAGCUUUCAAACACCAGCGUUUCUCUCUUCUUCGACCCAGACAACACCCUCUCUGCGAUGUUUGUCAGGAGAGAAGAGCCUUCACGUUCUGUCAGCAAGACAGGGCGAUUCUGUGCAGAGAGUGUGACGUGUCGAUUCACUCUGCGAAUGAACACACCCUUAAGCAUGAUAGGUUCCUUCUCACUGGUGUUAAACUUUCUGCUUCUUCUUCAUCGCAAGAAACCCCUUCUCCUUCAAACUCCGCCCCUGAUUCUCUUUUUGACCUUUCGCAUCAAAAAACAAUACCUUUAUCUUCCACCGUCAGUGAGGUUGGUGUUGAAGCGGCGGCUUCCACCGGCGCUAGCAGCAUAUCGGAGUAUUUGACAGAGACUCUUCCUGGGUGGCAGGUUGAAGACUUUCUUGAUUCGUAUUCUGUUCCCUAUGGUUUCUGGAAGGUCUGCACUUUCUUCUUUUUUCUCUUCUUUCAAUUGUUGAAAUCAAUUGAUUCAUCUAUUCUCUUGCAUUGAAAACAUAAAGAUGGUAUAUUUUCUGUGACGGAUCAUUUGGGUACUAUAAAUAUUUGACAGAUGACGAGAUACUAUACAGUUUCCUGUUAAUAAUCUGAAUUUGAUAGUUGAUCUUUGAUGUGAUACUACACAUAUUACCGGACGAAGU